AUGCACCCCCCACUGCGAAUCGCCGUGCUAGAAUGUGACACACCCGUGGAUAAAGUAAAAGCCAAGUUCGGGACAUACGGGGACGUCUUCAAAUUACUUUUGGGAACCAGCGCAUCGACCUUGGAAGGCCUCAAUGCCAAAAGCGACUUGGAGAUUACAAAGUGGGAUAUUGUGAAUGGGACGGAGUAUCCGAAUUUGGAAGAUAUUGAUGCUGUUCUAUUGACUGGAUCGAAACAUGACUCGUUCGCGGAAGUCCCCUGGAUCAACAAACUGGUCGAGUUUACUCAAAAAGUCUAUGCGCAAGAUCGAGUGCGAUUGAUUGGGGUAUGUUUUGGUCAUCAAAUCAUCGGCAGGGCUCUGGGUGUACCCGUAGGACGAAGCGAUAUUGGCUGGGAGAUUGCAGUGUGCGAUAUCAACUUGACUGAAAAGGGCAAGGAGCUGUUUGGAAAAGAGAAACUUAGCCUACAACAAAUGCACAGAGACAUUGUCUCAACGUACCCCAAAGAAGUCACCCCGCUCGGAUCCUCGCCUCGUUGCACCGUACAAGGAAUGUAUAUUGCACGAAAACUGAUCACAGUCCAAGGACACCCAGAAUUCAAUGGCGAAAUCAUGUCGGAGCUGCUCACCCUGCGAAACAAACAAGGAAUAUUUUCGGACGAACAGUUCAACGAAGCAAUAAAACGAGCAGAUAUUGCACAUGAUGGAAUUGCUGUCGGAGCCGCAUUUUUGAAAUUCUUGCUCGAAGAUUGA